CGCAGGCCUAGGCGGUUGUGAACGCCCGCCCCCCUACUUCUCCCGCGCUGACUUCCGGUCUCCCUGUCUGUCGAUUGGUCAGCCUCCGUGACUAUCGUAUCACGACCUUAAAGUGGAUUAGUUGGCCCGGCGGCCACUCACAAUGAACCCUAGCAAUGGGGAACUCAAUUGGCGCCAGAGACUGUCGGUCAUUUUGUCACGGGACGUCGCGUGGUACAAUUGGCCUGUGGGGGUCUUGUUCAUCCCGCCCCCAUCUGAGGUGACGGGAAAGGGCUGGGGAAUUUCCAUUUCUCAUUAAAAGGAGGGCUGGCGUGAAAACCCGCAAGAAUGAACAAAAUAGGAAGUAAACCUAACCCUUCGCUUGGAGAGUCUUGUGCGUCCAAGAUGCAAGAGGCGUCGAGGUAACAAAGUAGCUCCCACCUGUCGCUCUCCCGCGGGCGCCGCGGCUAUGGCCGGAAGUAGCUGCACGGGGAUUGGCGGAAAGAAGCAAUCAGUCUCAGCGAAGCCCCUUCUUCCUGCCCUUGCCUAGUUGGCGGACCGCGACGUCAGUCAGCACAGCAGGCUCCGCCCCCGGGACAGGCUUCUGAGUGCAGAUACCUAGUAUGGAACGGGGACUUGUCAAAGAUGCAGAGGGACGCAGGCCUGGAACAGCUCUCAGCUCAGCUUUCACUAGGCUGCCGCGGGACCGGCGUUGGAGGAAAGACAGACGUACCGCGGCCGCAGAGCUCCUCGGCUGGAUCGCACCCAGAAACGGGCAGCAGACCUUGCCUGGUGGAAUCUCGCUGCCCUCCGCCGCCUGGCCCCGGUGCAGGCGUCCAGCGGCCGCUGCAUUCAAAGUGAUCACUGCCUCGCCGUCUCCGCCAGCCUCGGGACCAUGAAGCUGCUGCCGUCGGUGGUGCUGAAGCUCUUUCUGGCCGCAGUGUUGUCCGCGUUGGUGACCGGUGAGAGUCUGGAGCGGCUUCGGAGAGGUCUGGCGGCAGCAACCAGAAACCCUGACUCUCCCACUGGAUCCACAAACCAGCUGCUACCCACGGGAGAUGGUCGUACUCAGGAAGUCCAGGACUUGGAAGAGACAGAUCCUAACCUUUUCAGAGUUGCUUUCUCCACCAAACCACAAGCUCUGGCCACGCCAAGCAAAGAAAAGAAUGGGAAAAAAAAGAAGAAAGGCAAGGGAUUAGGAAAGAAGAGAGACCCGUGUCUUAGGAGAUAUAAGGACUACUGCAUCCAUGGGGAAUGUAAAUACCUGAAGGAUUUCCGGGCUCCAUCAUGCAAAUGCCACCCAGGUUACCAUGGAGAGAGGUGUCACGGGCUGACCCUACCGGUGGAGAAUCCCUUAUAUACGUAUGACCACACUACCGUCUUGGCUGUGGUGGCUGUGGUAUUGUCAUCUGUCUGUCUACUUGUCAUAGUGGGACUUCUCAUGUUUAGGUACCAUAGGCGAGGAGGUUAUGACGUGGAAAAUGAAGAGAAAGUGAAGCUGGGCAUGACUAAUUCCCACUGAGAAGGACCUGUGCUCAAGGAACCUUCAGAGGACGGCUACCUCUGAGACCGUGGUUCAUUACAAGUUCUACAGAAGGGAAAGACUUCGCAAGCAGCCGUGAAGACUUCUUCAUUCCCAGUUGCUACCCUGACUGGGCCUCCCGUAAUUGCUCUGAAAAAGUAUCAGAGCCUCUAAGUGCCAAACAGACAUGCCCACUGGGAUCCAGAUCACAACACAGUGGAAGCAGAAGAGCCCUCCAGGCCUUUCUGGUCCCCUCCACACCGAGCCCACCGGUUUGUUUAAACACUUAGCUUCUGGAUUAAAGUGCCAGCUAGAUCCCAUAUGCUCCAGGACUUUUGACUGAAAAAAAAAAAAGGGAGGAAGGAAGAAUGAUUUAUGGAUUGGAAGAAAGCAACAGAGUUGAGAAGCUGUGUGUUCAAGUAACCACAAGGGAUCUGCUGUUUGGACUCUCCAGCACUCUGGAUUUGAUGAACUAACUGUGAAGUACCACAAGCCCAAGAACUCUGAAUUUUGGGACUUCUAUCCACAGGGGAAAGAAAAUAACAACUAUUUUUUUUUUUGUUAUUUGUUUGUAAAAUGCCUCUUAAAUUAUAUAUUUAUUUUAUUCUAUGUAUGUUAAUUUAUUUAGUUUUUAACAAUCUAACAAUAAUAUUUCAAGUGCCUAGACUGUUACUUUGGCAAUAUCCUGGCCCACCUCUUUGCAGCUCUACCCUCUGGCUCAGUGCCACACUCCCACGUGCUCUGUAACCCAUCUGCAGUAAUUUAUUGUCUGUCUACAUUUCAGAAGAGACCCCAGAAGCAGAGUACCCGGGGGAAGUUGCGUGUGGUCAGAGCGUAGGGAUUGAUGUGGGCAGAGCCACUCUGUGAGUUGGACCCGCAGUCUUGCCUAGGUGAUUUUUGUCUACUGUCUGUGUUCUGAAAGCCCAAGGUGCUGAUGUCCGUGUGUAAUAGAUACUGGUGUUUACCUGUAUCCUCUCCCUGCCAAAUCUCAGAAGGCAUUGGGCGUCCAUGCCUGCAGCUGCCCGGCCCCUUUUCUGCCAUCAGCCUUCCCCAGUCUCCCUGUGCCAAGACAUUUCCCUUACUCCUGCUGUUCCUGUGGUGCUACUCCAUGCCGAGGUUGGUAGAGCAGAGGACACUUUGGAGAAGGGAUUGGAUUGGUAACGAGAAAGGCCGAGGAGGAGCAGGGAAUGUGGGAGUUGACUAUCCUUGGCAAUUGAUUACCUAUCAAUUGCUACAGAGAAGAUUGGUGGUAGGGAAGGUUUUGGGUAAGAAGACUAUACCGUCUCACCAAAACUGUAAUGCUGUUAUGGUCCCAUGGAAGUUUCUGGUGCCACUUAUGAACUGUUACAACCUAUAUUUCCAAAACCUGGUUCAUAUUUAUACUUUGUGAUCCAAAUAAAGAUAACACUUACUCCA